AUGACCGACUUUACAAGACAAACGAGUACGACAGCCGUCAGGAAAACGGUUCCCGCAGAGGAACGGAACUUGUUUCAGGAUUUCCUAACAGAUCGUAGCACGAUUCUCGAAGACAUCAGGGAAUUUUUGAGCGUGGUUUUAAUGUAUUGUUUGAACAUGGAAGAUGAAUUGGAUUGUCCUCGAGAUGUCAUUGCUACUAAAAAUGUAUCCUCUUUGAUCGAAUCGUUGUGUCUAAUACAUGGUUUAUACGGCUAUCCGGCGAAAUCAAACUCUUCUGAGAACACAGGUAUAUAAUUGGAAAACUGGUUUAAUCUCUUUAUUGCAGGAGGAGCUGCAAACGUGCUUUUUUUUGCGAUACGGUAAUGUUGUUAUAUAUUGACGAGAAAAUACAGAUUUUCAAUUCGGCGCUUUUACUGCAUAGAUUACAGUUCAAUAAUUGCUGUUCAAUGAUUUUUAAUUUUACCCUGCCGCAAAUCGUUAUUUCUUUGUUCCCUGAGCGGUAGUGUGAAAAUGACUUCGACGCAAAAGAAAAUACUACGGUACGUUACGAUACGAUUUUUCGAAGUGGAAAACAGGCUUUAGGUGUGGCUAGCUGAACCGAAACUUAUAAUGAAAUGACUUGAGGUUAAUUUAGCCCUUUUAUACAGUUGUAAUGUUGUCCUUAAAUGUCUUUAAUCGUUAUAUAGGAGUAAAUAAACGCGCCGUUAGAGAUAUAUUGAGUGAGAUUGAAGAGAAAAACAAAGAAAAUGUAACGAGAAAGUUUG